GUUACCGGACGCCGACGGAAGAAGAAAGGAGACGCGCGCACUUCCGUAAACUCAACAGCCAGCCUUCUGUAGCUGCAGCAGCUCAGUUUCUACUGUCUGUGAGCUUCAGUCAGGGUUACCGUGUGUUUUAAUGUUAGUUUAGAUGUCUCAGUGAUGGACCGCAGCAGAUCACCUGACAGAACCGGCAGAGAGAAGAAACACGAGAAGAAGAAGAAACGGAGACGAUCCUCCUCUUCUUCCUCAUCCUCUUCAUCAUCGUCGUCUUCUUCAUCUAGCAGCAGGAGUCGAAGCAGAUCGUCAAAGAAAGCACCACACAAAAGUCAAGAUGUAAAAACACAAAGAAAGAAGCGCAGGAGAAGCUCCUCUUCCUCCUCUACUACCUCUUCCUCCUCAUCAUCUUCGUCCUCGUCGAGUGACGAAAAGUCAAAGAAGAGGAGGAAAAGCAAAUCCAAGAAAAAGAAGUCGAAGAAGAAGAAGGCGAAGCUGAAGAAACAGAGGAAGAAGGAGAAGAAGAAGAAAGAGAAGCUGAAGAAGAAGAAGGAGAAGAAGACAGCAGAGGUGGUGUUGCCUGGUCCUGCGGCAGACAAGCCUCCAUCUUACCUGGAGGUGUGGCAGAGUGAUGAGGGGGCGGUGGAGCUCGGACCUGUGAUGACAGAUGAGCAGAAGGCCCGACUCUCCACCAAGAGGCCCCUCACCAAGGAGGAGUACGAGGCCAGACAGAGUGUGAUCCGCAGGGUGGUGGACCCAGAAACAGGACGCACCAGAUUGGUGAGAGGAGAGGGGGAGAUCAUAGAGGAGAUCGUCAGCCGAGAAAAACACAAAGACAUCAAUAAGCAAGCCACCAAGGGAGAUGGAAACGCCUUCCAGAGGAAACUGGGAAUCAACAGGUAGAAGAUGCUGAGAAGAAGCUGUGGAUUUUAUAUCAUCAUUUUGAACAGUUGCCUGUGAUGUCACUGUAGAUUAGUGAAGGUACAAAAUUACUGGGACAUGUCUUCUUGAUGUACUGUACACUGAAAGCCAUUAUCACCUGUUGAUUUGCCUUAUUGACUUUAUGCUGGAAUUACUGAGCGACUUUAAAUGUGCUGUGUGCGACAUUUUGAACAUUAACAUAGCAGCAAACAUGUAUUUGUUAUGCAAAGAUAUAGUGGAGUAAUGGUGUCCUGAGCAGAGAAUGAAGCCACGCUACUUCUGUGUGUGUUGUAAUCCGAGCUUCUCUGUUCUUAGUUGCGGUUGCUGGUCUGGCCACGUGUGCAUAUUAGAACAUUUGAGUUCCUGUGUGUGUGUAUCCCACUGGCUAGCUACUCUAUGCCGCUACUGCCAUUUUUGUGACAGAGUCAUUACAGAAGUGUAGUGCCAUUAUCUGGUUAACACAUGCAGCUCUGUCAGCACCGUUGUUAGCACCGUAUAAUGAGUUAACACCGUGUCACGUGCUGACAAUCCUGCCCCAGACUCUGAAUCACAGAUGUGCUCUGAAUGUCACAUACAGUUCCUUUAAUGUUUGAAUCUACUGAGAUCUGCAAAAAGAACUGAUAAGCACGGAUAAAUGUCACAAAUAAUUUGCACAUUUGCAGAUUAACGCUUAUUUAUUUUGUCCAUGUUUUAAAGCGUAAAGAGUACAUAUCAGUUUGAAUCCUGAAUCGACUAUAGAGUGUAAGGUUUUCAGUUUUCUGUACCUGUUACUCAGAUGAUGUGUGAGUGAAAACAGUCUGACCAUUCAAAUGUUUUUUUCAUUUGAAACCGAUUCAUACUGUACUUAAAACAAAAACAUAAAAGGAAUACUUUACCCAUAAAAUUAUCAUUUGUAUAUUAAUUACUUAUCCUGUGUUAGGCUGAAUUUGUGAAGCAAAAUUUGUGUUUCUCAUAUGCCCCAUGGUGAACGAAGAAUCCAAAAACUAAGAAAAUUCUUGAUGAAUUGGAGUCAUAGGAGUCAGCGUUUAACAACAGCAAGCUUUUUUUCAUAGGAAAUGCACAUGUUUGUGGAGUACUGAGCACUUGACUGGAUUCAUAAGACUCUAAUUAUACAGCACGAGACGUGUGAGAGUUUGUAAAACAGAUGUGUUGAAAUAGUUUUGCUGUCGUACUCUAAUUCAUAAAGAAUUCUGUUUCUGGAUUCUCCGUUCACCGUGGAGGCAUGUGAGAAAAACAACAGCAUAUCACAGGCUGAGUCACUGAUAUACAGAUGAUCAUUCUGUGGGUGAAGUUUCCUUUAAGAAGCUGAUAUAAGUGUUGAGUAUCCUGCCUGACUCGUUUGGCUACAUACUCUACACCCACUCGUCGAUGUCUGCUCACCUUAACAUCUCACAUUUUGUUUCUCUAUGAUUCUCUGGACAAAUCUGCAUUUGUGUGAACUGAUUCCAGGAAAAUAAACAUGUUUUUUUUGUUAA